AUGGAAUUUAUGAUUUUGUACGCUAUUGCCGCAGGCGGCAUUUUCUUGCUUCUAGUUCUGGUACGAAUUGCUCCGUCGUUCAAACCACUAGCAGAAGCUCUCUCCAGGUUGGUUGCGAAGCAUCUUGCCUAUCCGCAUCUCCUGGGUCGUCAUCAACUUAUAGGACCUUGGACUCGGCUGGCCGCUUUGCUUUCUCUUGCGUAUGGAGUUAUCAAUAUUUUCUUCGUGACAUUUCGCGCUUCAUCAACCAGCGAAAUUGGUCGGCGAGCUGGGACCUUGUCGCUUCUUAACAUGGCACUUCUCUACCCCUUCAUGCAGCUUGGUCUCUUUGCUGAUGUCAUUGGUCUUUCAUUCGACACCUGCCGCCGUGUCCACGGGGCAGCAGCAUGGAUGACGUCGGUGCUUCUCGCCUUACACAUCGUCGCAGCCAUACUUGACCAGCAGAAGUUCUCGCUCCACGAACAAAGCAACCUUUUUGCUGUUAUUGGGGCUGGGUCACUAGUGGCUUUAAUGCUGUUCUCGCUUUCAUUAUUCCGCCGUCUUUCGUUCAAGCUCUUUUUGCGUACACAUCAAGCGCUCGCUACAGUGUGCAUCUACAUGACCUGGCGACACCUUCCCUCUGAAUCAAUAUUCCCUCGAGUCUACCUUUAUGUUCCACUUGCCAUACUGCUCUUGUCAACUUUCCUGCACGUCCUACUAUUCCUCUAUCAAAACGGUAUCCUUCCCUCUCGGACUUAUCCUUAUGCAUCAGUCAUGUGCAGGAAGAAAAGCGAAAAUACUGAGGAAUCCGACGAAGACCCUGCUGAGGGUACGACAUUGAAGAUACGUGUGGUGCUUCCAAGGCCAAUGCACGUGAAGGCGGGCCAGUAUGUGAACCUCUGGAUGCCCUCCGUCAGUUUUUCUUCGUGGCUUCAAUGUCAUCCGUUCAUGGUAACGUCCUGGUCACCUGGAAAACAAGACGUUUUGGACCUGUUCAUGCAGACCCGUCAUGGCCUAACAGAGAAGCUACGAGCGCGCGCAGCUCUGGAGGGAACGGCAUCAUUUACGGCAUUUGUGAGCGGUCCGUAUGGCAGAAGUAAGCCAGUAGGUGAGUACGAGAGCGUACUAGCAGUUGCUAGUGACUUUGGUAUUGCUGGUGUCAUUCCAUACAUCAAGCGACUCCUCUAUGGCUACAACACGUCUUCGGUACGGGUUCGUCGGGUGCACCUGGUGUGGCAGGUGCAGACGAUGGAUAUUGCGGUUGCCGCUGAACCGUUGUUGAACAGUCUCCUGGAUGACGAUAUCCUCGACGACGGCUAUAUUCUCGAGAUGUCGUUCUAUGUGGAGUAUAAGACAAAAGCCGGGAAAGGAAGGCCUUUCGGAGACCAUCACCGCGCAACUAUCUACAAUGGUUUUCCAGAUUACGAGAGUAUCAUAUCGACCGAAGCCACCGGCGAACAUAUCGAACGAGUUUCCAACACUCAAGAGGAAAGAGGUAAAUUACUAGUACUGAUUUCAGCAAAGGAUGAACUGCAAGAUCAUUUGACGGUGAUCGUGAGGAAGUAUCUCGACCAGAGGGUCAAAUUUCAUAAGGUGGAAUUCCAACCCUCCUAA